UCUGGGCCGGGGCCUGUGAGGGGCGUGGUGGCCUCUGGGGCACGUGAGCAGAGACGUUACCGGUUGGGGACCCUUGGAAGGGUUUAUGAAGGGGGAUUUCCGGGUCUGCCAUGGAGUUUGAGGGAAGGUUGGGGGCGACGGGCAAUGGAGGAGACUCUCAGAUGUGGCUCUUUGCCGGGGACGCAUUCGGAGUGAGGGAGCCGGAGGAUCACGGCUGGGGGACUCCCCGAGGUCCUGUCCCCAGGCUGCGGUGACUGGGCUUUCACUGGAGCAGAAGGUGCUGGAAGGCAGACCGACCACCAUGUCCACAUUCAGGCAGGAAGAUGUGGAAGACCACUAUGAGAUGGGGGAGGAGCUGGGCAGUGGCCAGUUUGCGAUUGUGCGGAAGUGCCGGCAGAAGGGCACUGGGAAGGAGUACGCAGCCAAGUUCAUCAAGAAGCGCCGCCUGUCGUCCAGCCGGCGGGGGGUGAGCCGGGAGGAGAUCGAGCGGGAGGUGAACAUCCUGCGGGAGAUCCGGCACCCCAACAUCAUCACGCUGCACGACAUCUUUGAGAACAAGACCGACGUGGUGCUCAUCCUGGAGCUGGUCUCGGGCGGGGAGCUCUUUGACUUCCUGGCCGAGAAGGAGUCGCUGACGGAGGACGAGGCCACGCAGUUCCUCAAGCAGAUCCUGGAUGGCGUCCACUACCUGCACUCCAAGCGCAUCGCCCACUUCGACCUCAAGCCGGAAAACAUCAUGCUCCUGGACAAGAACGUGCCCAACCCGCGGAUCAAGCUUAUUGACUUUGGCAUCGCCCACAAGAUUGAAGCCGGGAAUGAGUUCAAGAACAUCUUCGGCACCCCGGAGUUUGUGGCUCCCGAGAUCGUCAACUACGAACCCCUAGGUCUGGAGGCGGACAUGUGGAGCAUUGGCGUCAUCACCUACAUCCUCUUGAGCGGCGCCUCCCCGUUCCUGGGUGAGACCAAGCAGGAGACCCUGACCAACAUCUCAGCCGUGAACUACGACUUCGACGAGGAGUAUUUCAGCAGCACCAGCGAGCUGGCCAAGGAUUUCAUCCGCCGGCUACUCGUCAAGGACCCCAAGAGGAGAAUGACCAUAGCCCAGAGUCUGGAGCAUUCCUGGAUCAAGGCCAUCCGGCGGCGGAACGUGCGGCGGGAGGACAGUGGCCGGAAGCCGGAGCGGAGACGCCUGAAGACCGCCCGCCUCAAGGAGUACACCAUCAAGUCGCACUCGAGCAUGCCCCCCAACAACACCUACAUCAACUUUGAGCGCUUCUCCAAAGUGCUGGAGGAGGUGGCAGCGGCGGAGGAGGGCCUGCGCGGCCUGGAGCAUAGCCGGCGGCUCUUCCACGAGGACAUCGAGGCACUGACGGCCAUCUACGAGGAGAAGGAGGCCUGGUACAGGGAGGAGAACGAGAGCAUCGGCCAGGACCUGCGGCGGCUGCGCCAGGAGCUGCACAAGACCGAGGCGCUCCAGCGGCAGGCCCAGGAAGAGGCCAAGGGCGCCCUGCUGGGGGCCAGCGGGCUCAAGCGCCGCUUCAGCCGCCUGGAGAACCGCUACGAGGCCCUGGCCAAGCAGGUGGCCUCCGAGAUGCGCUUUGUGCAGGAUCUGGUGCGCGCCAUGGAGCAGGAGAAGCUGCAGGGCGUGGAGUGUGGCCUCCGCUAGGGCCACAGGAGGCGGGGGCCCCCUCAGCAGCCCUGGGCCAGGCCCCUUUGUCACCUGUGUUGGGCCUUGGAGAGGCCCUGGGCUGGGGCUGAGGUGGGAAGAGGUGGGCUGGGCUGGGCUGGCCAGGAAUGGAAGGCUGAGGGGAGGGGCUCGGCCAGCUGUGUCCCGGGAGCCAAGGCUGAUCCGCCGCCUCUGCACAGCUUGCCUCCCUCUGGCUUAGCCCCUCUCCUGCAGCACUGGGGACUCGGGGUGGGGGUGCUUCUAGGGCAGCAUCACCUCCAGAACUGUGAAGUCUCUGCGAGGGAUUGGUACCUCCAGGAGAAGUGGCCACAGUGGACCAGAUGCCUCAGCCUGGCGGGGUGGUAGGGUGGCAGUCUGGGUCCCAGGUCAGGGGGCUGUAGGCAGUUGGAUCACACAGCAGAGCCUGGUUAGCACCUUUCGGCCCUCCACGCUGGUCCAAGUGCACGCAGCCUCAGGGAUGGUUUGUGAGGGCCCUUGUGUGCCCCAGGACUCGGAAUUGGAGGGCCCUCUGCUGGGCAACCCAUCCUCUCCUCUCCUCCAGAUUCAGGAGGUGACUCCUCCAGGAUCAGGGGUGGAGGCGGCCUCUGAGCCCGGCUCUCCCCAUACUCCAGCCCCUUGCUGGGGCACCCCCGGCCCUGGACCAGGUACUGGGGUCAGAGCUGAGGAGCUGACCCAGCCCUCAAGGAGGUAGUAUUGGGGGGAGCAUGUGGCUAAGCACGUUACCUGCAUGCAGUAAAGGAAACAUCUGCAAAAGCUGUCUCUGUUCCCUCCCAGAGGCGCAGGGAUUCCCUGGGCACUGGCUGAGGCAGGUCCAUGGGCCAGGGGCCAGGGGACAGAAGUAAAGAGCCAUCAUCCAUCUGGCCCCCGUCCCCAGUGGGGCAGGCUGUGGAGCCAUCCCCUCAAUGCCAGGUGCAAGCUUUCCAUGACACAGUCCCUGAUGCGCCAAAGCCCACGUCGGGGCCCCACCCCGUCUGGUCCCUGGCUCUGCCCUUGCCCCACCUGCCUCUGCUCCGCACCCCUUGGUGGGGACCCCGUGGAGUAGUCCCAAAAGGCUGGUGGGCCCAGCAUCCCCCUCCCCGGACAGCUUCAGGGCUCCUUACCGCCACCACCACCCCAGCCCCCAGGCUCUGUGCUGCCCUAUGGGGAGAAGCCCUUUGAUUCUGCUUCUGCUGGUGUUUCCCGCUGGCAUCUGGCUAGAACCCCUCCUGGGAGCACUACCCUUGGACCUGAGCAGUUGAGAAGGGGGUUGCAGUGCCGUCAUGCGCCACUAGGUGCCGCCCUUGAGGGUCUGUGCCCUAAGGUUCGUGCUUCAUGAAAGUAGGUCCCUAGCUGGUGGCCACUCAGAACCUGGAGUUGUCUGCUGCAGGUUGGGUUGAGGGACACCUGUGCAGACACCCCUCCCGCCCCCCAGUCUAGCUGAAUGGAGGCAGGAACCAGGCAGGUGGGACUGGGACUAUUCCUGCUGCGGCCACUGGCCUGGGGCUCAGGCAGGGCCUUGGGACCUGGCUGUGGGGUCUUGUCAUGCGCAGGCCCAUCUCUGGGGUCUGUGGUGGGGCUCCUUGUAUGCCUCUCCAUGAGCUCCAGGCCAUCAUGUAUGCACGCUUCUGCAAGCACGUGCGAGCCCAAAGGAAAUAAAGCCCGGAUUCCGACA